AUGGGCACGAAACCUGUAUUCCCCUCGCUUCCUGUGCUAUACCGCCAGCUCCUGCUUCGUGUCAAACACUUUGUUGAUCCUCAUGCAUCGAAACGUCUCCUGCAGCUUGUUCAGCUCACACGAGAGUCUGCCAGAGAGACCAACAUCCAUGCUACAGUACCAAAGUCAUCUGGUGUCGCGACUGACCGAUUGACACGAUGGCGACAGCGAAUGAUGCUACAUUGCAGACAACUAGACAAAGCAGCAGUAGGUGAUAUGAAGGCCCUGGAAACAGUACUUCAGCGUGCCUAUGGACAACGUGGUCGUCUACGUCGUGUAUAUCUCUCAGUCUUGACAGAUGCAUGUCUACCAAGUCCCCUGCCGGAGCUGAUACCGGGCUAUCCCCGCACAAAACCACCUUUCUUGUCAGAUCAGUUGCGCGCCUUAUUGGCCUUGCAGUUCAGUCGGUCACUUGAACCAAAGUUACCCCAACCAGCUGGAGCGAGUGCCAAGUUGCAAAAGCGAAUGAAUGCUCAAGCUGCGAGGAAGGAGCUCAAAGCACAAAAGGCAAUAGGCGGUGUGAGCAAGGGCGACCUGCGCAAACUGGAAGAAGAAGUUGCUCGAGCAACAAGAAAGAAACAAGGCGCAUGGCACAUAGCCCCUUCGACGGCAGCAACAGUCAGUGCACUAGUACCACCUCUCAACCCAAAGCGUGAAGCCAACUUUCGCUGGCGACAUCUUACCAAGCUGUUGGAAAGAACGCAGGUACCCAUUCCUGCGGAAGAUCGUGCAUGGCUUGUCAAAGUUGCCUCGAGGCAAGAACAGCUCUGUGAAGGUAACAAAGUCCUUCAUGGCAUGCGUAUACCUUGCUGGAGAACACACCACUUGGAAGAAGUCAAAGCACGGCAAGAGAAACUGCGUGAUCCUGUGCUAGAAAGGUUCGACCACAAUGCAUCGCCACUGGCGGGGGUCAAGAUCAUUGGCGGCUCGCGAAAAGCACGAUCUGUUGCAGCACACGUCCUGACGGAUCGCCUGCUGUCGAGGCUUUAUGGACGCUUACUUGCGCAAGUGCCGGCCUUGAGUCCACCAGAGACAGCGACCGACCAACAUUGGAAAGCAGAAUAUCACGUCAAGGAAAAGGCCUACAAGGCCAGAAUUGGGUCACUCCCUGACGAAGCCUUUGGUGAUGCUACAAGUAGCCAGCUACGCUGA